AGUGGCAGUGUGCAUGAGACAUGCAUGUUCUGCUGCGUUUUAAGCAGCACCCUCAAAUCGGAGAGCUCGAAUAGUACAAAUGAAGGAGGAUAAGGGCUUGAAAAGUAGGGGUUGGUGGUUGAUGGUUGUGAUGAUAAUACUAAAGGUUGCCGAAUGCGGGCAGCCUGUGCUCCAUAGGAUAGGAGGGGGAAGGAACACUUGGGCUCCUCAUACUAACUUCACGCAAUGGUCCAGUCAAGAACGCUUCUACGUCGGUGAUUGGCUCUAUUUUGGGUUUGACAAGCGUAUCUACAAUGUUCUGGAGGUGAACAGCACAAGCUACGAGAAUUGCAUCGACAAAGAUUUCAUAUAUAACGUUACGAGAGGCGGGCGGGACGUGUUCAAUUUGACAGAGGCGAAGACAUAUUUCUUCCUCAGUGGUCGAGGUUACUGUUUUGAGGGUAUGAAAGUUGCAAUCCAUGUUCAAGAAAUCCCACCUGAUCAACUUCUUCUCAACUCUUCAAAUGGUUCCCAAUCAUACGUCUACAGCCACAUUACCCUACUUGCAAUGCUUGCCAUUGCGGCUUUGGCAUGGACAUUUCCCUACUAGACUUGUAGAUCACCAAUUUACCAUAGCAAUUCUGCAAUUCAUUACUGUUUCAAAUCCGUUUACUUGUACCACUUGUGGAAGUGAGGCCAAAAAAAUAAAAAAGCAGACACCCAAUGAAUACAACUUCACAGUGAAGUUUCUUCAUCA